AUGCAUCGUCUUUUUGCUGAGCUGGAGCCAUCUUUAAUCGUCACAGAGCAAAACCUGGCAGACCGAGUUCGGUAUAUCUUGCGCUCAAAUAUAUAUUUGAAGUCGCCGAACUCGAACGGCUACGACGUGAGGCUGUUCCCUCGUCGGAUGAGAAUGCUACGGCUGAGGAUGCGGCGCCACAAAUGUCGCCCAGGAACUGGAAUUAGAGCAUAUGAGGAGUAUAUUGGAAGAGGCGAUUGUGGAAACGCGCAGUACGCCUCUCGAAAAUCGACCGCGACUUCCCCGCAUAGCCCUAAGCAAGCGGAAUCGGGCUGUCGUGAGGGCUCUGAACCCAAUGCUGGUUACCUAUUUGGAAGCCAGCCGGGAUCUUUGCGAGACGGACUCAAUUCUUUUGGCGCCGCGCUGGCAGUCUGCCGUAUCAUAGGCGCCAAGGUUUCCACGGCUGGACGCGCUACUGGCCAUAGUAGCGCUAUCCCAGCAUGGAGAAGAAGAAUUGAGGAACGUAUCGCAAAGGCUAGAGCUCUCAUCGGCAGACUGAUAUGCUUCAGAUCAGGCAACAACAGGCCAAGAAUUGUGCGCACCGUCAGGAUGGCGUUUGCUGGGACAAAUGUCAGUUUGUCCCAGCCGGAUAUAACGCAAAAACUGACGGAGCGCAUAGAUGAUCUGAAGCAGAGAAUCGCUGCUUGGGGAAAGCGGAUUCGGCGAUAUACCGAGAAGUCGACACGGUUCAACCAGAAUCGUCUCUUCCAGAGUGAUCAGAAGAGGCUCUAUGAAUCAUUGGAGCGACCAAUGGUAAGUGGAACGGGUCCAGCACCGAAUCAGGCCGACACUGUAGCAUUCUGGCGCGGCCUGUGGUCAGAGCCCGUAAACCACAGCGAGGGCCCUUGGACGGAAGUUGUGGCGAGUCAGUGUGCGGGUAUUACGCCCAUGGACCCCGUCAUCAUAACGCCGGAUGACGUAGCUGAGGCGGUUCGUAGGGCCCCGAACUGGAAAAGUCCGGGGCUUGAUGGGCUGCAUCACUACUGGCUGAAGGGGUUCAUGGUGUGUCACUCUGUGCUCGCCCGACAGUUUCAAGAGGCUCUCAACCAGAAGUCGCUCCCAAGCCUCUUCACUACUGGGAUCACUCAUUUAGUUCCUAAAGACCAGGCACCCAACCAGAUGAGAAAACUAUAUAGAUACCCCCAAAAUAAUAAUAAAAAUAAGCGGCGUAGGGAAGUGACGACCCCAUCGCCCGCUGACGUAACAGUUAUGUGA